AUGGAUACCGAAAAUAGGACCUUUCUGGAAGAGCUGCCCCCCGAAAGCGCGGAUCUGGAUGCAAAGGCCCGGGGCUUGAACACGAACUAUGAUGCGGACAUAGUCUUGGUCGCUGGUCUUGGGGGUAACCCCGUUGACACCUGGCGGGCGAAAGAUGAACAGAAAACAUUAUGGCCGACUUCCCUCCUUCCAUUCAACAUUGGCGACAUCCGUGUGCGCGUCUGGACCCUCAAGUACAAUUGCACCCUACGGGGCUCAGCGAGCGCAGCUCGUAUUCGGGAUCAUGCGAACGUGCUUCUGGUACACCUCAACGACCAAAGAGAAGACGACGACGAGGCAAAGUCGAGGCCCAUUGUCUUCGUCGGACACAGCUUGGGGGGAAUCAUCAUCAAGCAGCAUCACCAGACCAUCAUGUUUGCUUAUAAGAACCCAAGAUACAAGUAUUUGUGGGAAGCCACUCGUGGGAUAAUGUUCUUUUCGACACCUCACUAUGGCAUGUCUCCUGACCUGUGGGCCGACUUUGUCCGCUACGUGCUCCAGCUUGACGAGCCCUUCAAAGGUGCCUUACCUACCGAUGGUAUGCUUGCCACUAUUAGAGACAACAAAGACGAGCUGUCAAACAUCUCCGAAGACUUCGAGAGCCGGUUACAAGACAUGAGCUUUAUUACGUUUAUCGAGACGAUGCCGAUUCCACAAAUGAAUUGCGUUGCUGAUUUUCUACCAGACCGGCUCAGCUACGAAGAGAAGAAGGCGUAUUAUUCGCUCGCAAAGGAUGAAACCCACAGCUUCUUUCUCGGCCGUAAAUCUACCCCGGGAACCUGUGGCUGGACGGACGCACAGCCGGACAUUCAAGCCUUCUUAGAUGGCGUCCGAGGUCACCAAGACCUGUGGAUUUGCGGUCCGCCAGCUUGUGGCAAGACCUUUCUGGCGAAGCACAUCAUAAAUAAGUUGAACCCCCUGGAUAGAAAGCUGUCGGGCCAGGGGCAGGGGAGACCCCCAACUGUCAUCCACUACUUUGUCAGUGACUCCCUGCCUGAUCGGGGCCACCUCCAAGGACUUCUGCGCGCGACAGCGCAUCAGGCCCUGCGGCUUAAACCAUCGCUUAUGCGCCGAAUUCUCUCAUCCAGUUUCCAGAAUUGGAAUUCUGAGAGACCAAUGACAAGGGAAAGUCUGGAACGAGACCUCUGGACCGGAGAUAUGCUGAAGUUGGUCUGGCCCGCUAUCAUGGCCGAGGUGACCAAGAACCACGCCAUCGUGGUCGUGAUUGAUGGCUUUGAUGAGCUCGACGAGGAUUCCCGCAAUUCAUUUCUGGGCUGUCUCCAGCAUCUUCGUGGCCAAGCAGAGAACCCGGAGAACUUACGGCUACUUUUCCUCUCGCGCGAGCUCGACGGGCUUGACGUUGCGCCGGCCCACCGGGUGGCCUUUCAGCGGUAUAACAUUGGGCUCGUCGAAAGCGGGCGUGAUAUUAGCAGAACUGUCGACGAGGCCGUCGAUCGUUUGUGGAAAUCAAGGAGAUUCGCCCCCAGCGAAUUUCGCGAGAAAGUAGGCAACCAGAUCCACCUCCGGUCGGAUGGGACAUACCUGUGGGCGGCACUGCUUUCUCAAGACCUAGACCGCAACCGGACCAUUACCUCCCCAUCUGACGUGAAAACCAUAAUACAAGAGCUGCCACCUGAAGCACAUACCAUCCAGGGCUUGUACGACUACAUUCUCGACAGACUUGCCACCAUACCACACGUCGCGGGUAUCGUCCGACAAGCUCUCCUCUGGGCAUCAGUCCAGAGAGAAGGGCUCAAACCAGCAGAGUUUAACAUUGCACAAGCCAUUGGGCGAGCGAUGGAGGAUCAUAAAGGGACACAAAUCACGCAGGAGAUGCUGAGCCAAUACCUGGAUGAGAAGGUCGCCAUAACCCUCGACUUCCACUGUGGCCACAUUGUCAAGUUCCAAGAUGGCCGCCUCGAGCUUGUUCACGGCAGUCUUAAAGACUACAUCAUGAAAAAUGGCAUCCGAAUAAGGGGUCCUGGUCCUCAUCAGUUGACACCUGGCGUCACAAUGGCAGAGCGUUUGCACGCCGAACUCGCUCGCACGUGCGUCACGUAUCUGACACUGCCACCAUUCCGGGAUUCAGGCCUACGUCCGCAGGCCUUGACACCGCACGCCUGGGAGGCCAAAGUCCGUACGAGGCUCAAGCAGCAAAAGCUUUCGCGGUACGCCUCACUCUAUUGGGACCAGCAUAUUCGCGACGCUGGCAUGUCAUGGCGCUCUGAGAAGGCAGCCCAAGCUGCGCAACGGCAGCUCAACGACGACAGGACGGAAUAUGCAAAAUGUUGGACCGAAAUCUGGUGGCUAUUUCGGUUGUGGCCGACGACACAGUUCCCCUCAACCUCAGCGUCUCCAGUCGCAGAUAUCCUCCCUCUGGAUUAUGAGGAAAGUAUGGCUACUGCUACGGAAUCCACAGCCCUCACGGUAUUGGAGGGUUCUGACGGUGGUCGUAGAGACAGCGCAGCUGCCACUACGGAAUUUGCAGGCCUCAAGGCAAUGGAGGGUUUUGACGGUGAACGUUUGGAUAGCAUGGCUACCACUACGGAAUCCUCAGUCCCAAAGGCAUUGGAGGUUUCUCACGAUGACGGUAUGGAUAGCGCGGUUACCGCUACGGAAUUUGCAGGCCUCAAGACAUUGGAGGGUUCCGACCGUCAACGCAUGGAUAGUGUGGCUGCCACUACGGAAUUUACAGCCCUCAAGGCGUUGGAGGGUUCUGACGGUGAACGUAUGGGCAGCGCGGCUACCGCUACAGAAUCUUCAGUCCCAAAAGCAUUGGAGGGUCUUGACGGUGACCGUAUAGAUAGCGCGGCUGCCGUUACGGAAUCUACGGUCCCAAAGGAAUUGGAGGAAUCUGACGGUGACGGUAUGGACAGGAUGGCUACCGCUGCGGAAUCUUCAGCCCCCCAAGCAUUAGAAGGACAUGACGGUGAACGUAUUAGCAUCGCAACGUCGGAGGAUGGCUCGUUUAUAUCUGCAGAAGGCAGGGAGUCCGACGAGCAGGCAUUGCCCCCGCCCGGACAGCCUCAGACUGCCAGCGGGAGGACGCGCCGGAGUAGAGUCCGCCGCCUUUUGGGAAGCGCGGGCCUCACGGCCGGGGUCCAGCCGGGACAGAACACUGAACCGAGUCACUUGGGCUUGCGUUCGCCGCCGGGUGAAGGUGGACCAUCUCCCGAGGACCAGAAAAAGGAGACGCCGCCUGCUCCGCUUUCAAAGCGGAGGCUUGGGUGGAUGAAGAGGGUGAAAAUGGCGGGAGCGAUAAUAGGUACGCCCAAAGUUUCAACUCCAUCAAUAUGUUGA